AUGUCUGCCGCACAAAAAUUUCGCACUACAUUUCAGUUGGGAACAAAAAUAAACUGGUUUCCUGGACACAUGAGGAAUAGUUUAGCUCAGAUGCAGGCUAAAAUGAGAUCAGUGGAUGUUGUAGUUGAAGUUCAUGAUUCGAGAAUUCCAUUUUCGGGUAGAAAUCCUUUAUUCGUAAAAUCUUUAUUAGGUACGAGACCUCAUAUAUUAGUUUUAGCCAAAAUGGACUUGAUAGAUAACUCACCUCAAAUACUUACAAGUAACAGCAUAAAAUACAAAGUAAUGAUCGUUGGUGUACCCAAUGUUGGUAAGUCUUCUUUAAUUAAUAGAUUAAGGCAUAUAAAUCUAAGAAAAGGAAAAGCUACACUUGUUGGGUCAAACCCUGGUGUCACCAUGAGUGUUCAAAACGAAAUUAAAGUCUGUACUGAUCCACCGAUUUUUUUAAUAGACACACCGGGGAUUUUCAUACCUAAUGUAUCCGAUAUUGAAUGCGGAAUGAAAUUAGCUCUUUGUUCUUGUGUAAAAAAUAAUUUAAUAGGAGAAUAUACAAUUGCAGAUUUUUUAUUGUACUGGAUGAAUAAAACAGAGAAUUUUAAAUAUGUAGAUAUAUUAGAAAUGGAAAUUUUGGAGAUUUGA